AUGGCUCGAUUGAUGCCUUACUCUGCAGUUUUGGAUCUGACAAUCCUAGGCAAAGAUCCGAAAGAAACGACACGAUUGAAGCAGUUAGGUGGACUAUGGUAUAAGAGCAUACAUGUAAGUGGGAUGUUGAUGAACGAGUGGAGAUUGAAUGAUUCUGUAGAAAGUGCAUUGGCACUUCGAGCGGCCCCUGCAAGCAAGCAAGCGGCCGCUCGGAUAGGGACCUCGAAAAUCUACACAAAAAGGGUGGUGUGGGGGCAGACGCCCAGCGUGGCCCAAAAUGACAGUGGCAAUGAAGUACCUACGUCUCAAAAUCAAUAUGAGGGCUCAUCUGAAGAUACCGAGUUUCAAUUGAUGAAGGUUUACUACGACAAAAAUGAAUGGAGGAACCUUUCGAAUAUUUUGCGCGCUCUGUGUAGAACAUUGCCGCCCGAUUCUGAGGAAGAAGAUCGAAGACCUCUGUACAGCUGGUCAUUGAAUCCUUCACAGAUGAGCCAAACCCUUGCCGCUACAUUCAAACUAAUAGAGACUUUGCGACGUAGUCUAUCAUCUUAUAAAUUGAGUCAGCUCUCAUACACGUUCAGUGGCUCGAUCAGAGAGACUGCUUACAUAUUCUACGGCCGUAUAUAUACCCCAUUGUCAUGCCUUUCAUCCUCUCGCAAAGAUUCGAUUGAUACUGAAAAGAUGACCUCCAAUGUUCCUUCAAACGACCGUAGUAACAGCUACUCACUACCUCACGGUCAGCAAUUUGUCA